AAAUUUUAUUCUAUCUACGUGACUUUACCGAAAGAACCAAAGAAUAUUAACUCCUGCAGUCACAAAAAGUUUGAAGUAAAAAUUGAAGUUCGCUACAGUGCAGCGUUCGCAAAGUUGGGGGUGGGUGGGGGAGUUGAUUCGAGAAUCGAUUCCCGCCGCGCUCAUCGAUGUCCGCAUCGAUUACGUAAUUCGGAGCCCCAUCAAACACGCGCGCCAUCAGGAUUAAACAAUGCGUUUGUACUCUGGGCCAUUGCCCCAAUCGUCUAGCCUAUUGUAUGGUUUCAUUUUAAACGUGUUUUUUUAAAUUAACGAAUGCAUUCAUAAGAAAAAUUAUAGCCUACAAAAUUGCUCAGCAGCCGGUGCAGUUUGUGUGCAGUGGGACAUGCAAGGCAUGCGAGCCAAUCGGAGGGCACGUUGCUAAAGGCGGGCGGGAAGCAACAGCCAAUGAGGGUCGGCGAGACUGAGGAGUGGGGGUUCGAGUGGUGCCACGCUCAUCAGCACACCAGUAGUCUCCACACGCGGGCCUGCUACUGCAGCAGCAAUCGAUGUUAUUCCAUGGGCCAGAACAUAAUUUGGCCACACUACAAUGUAGCAAAACUUUAUUCGUACCGAUUCUAUUAUAGCCAAUAAUAGUGAAUUACUUGAUAACCCAUACGCUUGUGUAUGACUACUGUUUUAUUUAGACAACUAGCCUGUGAACGGAUCGUCUAAUUCCAGCGUUCUUCAUCACAAGGGCGAUGGCAGCGGCUGUGAGGAGAGAAGCCGCCAAGAGCCGUGGGGCCGUGCAGCCCAACGUGUACGACUUCGAGACGCAGGACAACUUCCAGAGCGGCGACUUUAACGGGGACCUGCAAAGAGGUGCUCCCAGAGAUGAAAAGCCACAGGGGUCAUCACGUAAGACACAGAAGCGAGCGGCUCCUGCGCUUGUGCCUGACGUGGCGGAGCCAGACGAAGAGACUGACACACUAGAAGCCAAUGUCGGGGGAGAUGUGCAAUCGAUGCUGGAGCGAUUUAGCUCGGACAUCAGCAAAGCAGUGCAGGCUAAGAGAAAGCGACUGGAGAUGUUCACAAAGGCCUCACUCAAAAGCAGUAACCAGAAGAUAGAGAGCAUCUGGAAAACACAGCAACAGGAGAGGCAUAACGUGAGCGAAGAGUUUGGCCGUCAAAUCUUUGGAAUUUUGCAGCAGUGGGAGAAUGAUAUCCACAAGACCAAGGAUCAAGAAGAAAAGCUCAUGAACAUGGUGCGGCAGCAACAGAAGCUGUUCCAGCAGACACGUGUGGUGCAGGCGCAGCGCCUCAAGUCCAUCCAGGAGCUUCACGAGCGCUACAUCAAGGACUUGGAGGACCUGGAGGGUUCACACAACCAGCAGCUGCCAUGUGUUCAGAGUGAACUGCGCAAGGAUAUGGCCUUGCUACAGAAAAAGCUGCUCAUGGACACGCAACAGCAAGAGAUGGCAAGUGUGCGCAAGUCUCUGCAAUCCAUGUUGUACUAGGUACGGAGAGGUGUGUGGAGAGCUACUGUGGCCAAAUAACUUACCUCGCAUUAACAACAAAUGACUAGCGUGACAUUUACAUGAAAUUCGAUUGUUGAAAUAGUAACGCUUAUGUAGAUAGAUAUAAAAAAAUAACAAACAUAGGGAGAGAAAAAAAAUCCUGGCCUUAUCUGUAGUGAUUUGGACAAAGCAUAGUUUCUACUGCAAGCUGAACCCAGAACUAGUCGGAGCUUAAAUCAAUCCCACAAUAACCUCGAGUUAAAAUCCACAAGUCGAAUUGUGUCAUGCUGGUAGUAGUAAAAAUAUAUAUACCUAAAGGGAUUUUUGAGGACUGCAAGGUAUUUUUUUUUUCCAUUUGACCAACUUUGGGCACAUAGCAUCAACACAUGCUCAGUACAGGUCAACAUCAUACGCACGUCCGCAGUAUAGGAUGCCGCCAGAUGGCAUUUGGAUCCAGAGGAGUGGUCUGGUUUUUUUCUUAUUUUGAUAAACAUAAGCUUCCCAUGCCAGGGAUAGUAACUGUUAAAGGGCUACAUUGACCGUGCAUCUAAAAAUAAUGCCUCCCAUCACCUUGCCAUUAAAGUUCUUAUUUCAAUGAAGGGUUCAGAGUCAUGUUUUUACAAUUACACUAAAUAAAAAAAAUCUAUUGAAGCUUGACUAAUUAGUGGGAGGCUCCUUCCAUUGUUGGGGAAUGACUGGCAUACUUCAAAUAUAUUAAUUAAUUGAAUUAUUGCCUAUAAUUACAUUUACACACUUUGAACCCCCAGACCACAAAUUAUUCUACAUAGCUCUGGGUGUCCAUCAUGGACAUUCAGACAUUUGUGCAGGGCAUUCAAUGUCACGAUAUUGGUUUGACACCAGGUCAUAAUGACCUGCAAAAGGUGAGUGUCUAUGGAAGGCUGUGGUGCAGAAUUUUGGGAAUCCAUCAUAUGCAUGGCCUCAUAAAAAAUGCCUUUUUAACAUCGAUAAACAACUUCGCUAGGAAUGCUAGACUACACUGGGCAUGCUAGUGAGAUAUAGAUGGUGGCAGAUAUAUACACAUGAGAUACGUUCCCCCAAAAUGCAUACAAUAGCUUUUAUAUACAUGUACAAGCCCACUUCUCAGACAUGCAUACACUUGGCUUCAUAAAAUUUACAAAUCGGAUAGUCCAGCUCUACUGACCUAUGGGUGCUGUUUGGAAAUAACUUUUAAGGUUGGCACAAUCAUUUUUUGGUGUGUUGGGUUAGUGGUGGAUUGCUUGCACCGCUGGCGUUGCCAGAUUUUUCGACCCAAAGUCGAACCUGAUUUUCAAAGACCGCAUACAGUAACUCCAAACAUGCACACACAUUAAAGAUCAAAGCAUUAUACACAAAUUGACAUGCUCUACUAUUUACAGACAAAUGUUGGUCGUACAGUAUUUUGCAGUUUGUACUGUGCAUUAUUCAGAAGUCACAUUGUGGACUCGUGUCUUCAGAAUCAGAAGUGUAUUUGAGCCAAGCAGCUCUUGAAUUUUAAGUUUUUGGCCACAUGCGAGCUCUGGCCCCGGCAAGUGAGAGAAGCGCUCCAUUUGGAGACAUUUCUCCAAAAAUGAACACGCUGAACUGAGCCGUGACGUUUGUUCAUGCAAAUAUUUCUCUUUGCUAUUCAGGCUAUUGCCAUUUAUGCCUCGCCUUAAAUUUAAUGUGCAGCUGCCUUUUCUAACAAAGUAAAUGUUUGCUCGUUUUCAACGUACAAAUCACUAUGGCUAUUUUACAGUUUUGAAUGCCGCCGAGUACAUGACCCUUCACCUCUCGGUCAUCACAACCCAUGCCACAAGUUCUGUUUCAAGUUUAUAAAAGAAUGCACAAUGACUGCGGUCUGUUUUGAAUUGAUAUUUAUUUUAAAUUGUUGUGGAUAAUUCAGCCAUGUUUUGUGCAUUUACAGAAUUAAAAUUGUAUUGAGUAACAGCAUGUCUGGACAUGUGUAAAUGACUUUGUUUGGAUGUCUGCGUGUUUGUUCAGAACAGAUUAUAUCGGCCAUAAAAUCAGAUAUCUUGGAACUGAAUCACAGACUGUGUAUGGUAUCAUUGAUCAAGCUAUCACCAGUGUAAAAAA